UAAAAACACCCCUCCAAUCCUCCAUUAAUGCCCUCUUCUUAAAAACACCCCUCCACACCUCCAAACCUCCAAACCUUUUACCCCUUCCUCUAUAUCUCAAUCUUUAAUCUUCUCUCCGCGAUGGACUGGUCUCUGGCCGUUACCAUCGGUGCGGCUCUCCUCGCCAUCUUCUUCUUGUUCCUGCGCCUCACUCGCCCCAGGGGCCACCGCCUGCCUCCGGGCAACCUGGGGCUCCCCCUGGUGGGCGAGACUCUGCAGCUCAUCUCCGCCUACAAGUCGGCCAACCCUGAACCCUUCAUCGACGAGAGGGUGACUCGGUACGGGCCCUUGUUCACCACCCAUGUGUUCGGCGAGCCCACGGUGUUCUCGGCGGACCCGGAGACGAAUCGGUACAUAUUGCAGAACGAGGGGAAGCUGUUCGAGUGCAGCUACCCUGGCUCCAUCUCCAACUUGCUUGGAAGGCAUUCCCUGUUGUUAAUGAAGGGUAAUCUCCACAAAAAAAUGCAUUCCCUCACCAUGAGUUUCGGUAAUUCUUCCAUCAUCAAGGACCACUUGCUGCUCGACAUCGACCGCUUGAUCCGCUUCAACAUGGACUCAUGGACCAGCCGGAUCUUACUUAUGGAAGAGGCCAAGAAGAUAACAUUCGAUUUGACAGUGAAGCAGCUGAUGAGCUUUGAUCCAGGGGAGUGGACUGAGUCUCUGAGAAAAGAAUAUGUGCUUGUGAUUGAAGGCUUCUUUACCGUCCCUUUCCCUCUCUUCUCCGCCACCUACCGCAGAGCCAUCCAAGCAAGGACGAAGGUAGCAGAGGCACUGAACUUGGUAGUGAGGGAAAGGAGGAAAGCCAAGGAAGAAGGAGAAGAGGAGAAGAAGAACGACAUGCUGGCCGCCCUCCUCGACAGCGGCGAUAACUUCUCCGACGAGCAGAUCGUGGAUUUCAUCCUGGCCCUGCUGGUGGCUGGCUACGAGACCACCUCCACCAUCAUGACCCUCGCGAUCAAGUUCCUCACAGAGACCCCUCUCGCCUUGGCUCAGCUCAGGGAGGAGCAUGACGAGAUUAGGGCAAGGAUAAGUGACCCUAAUGUUCUGGAAUGGAGUGAUUAUAAAUCCAUGCCUUUCACUCAAUGUGUUGUGAAUGAGACUUUGAGGGUGGCAAACAUAAUAGGUGGGAUUUUCAGGCGAGUAACCACUGACAUCCAUGUCAAAGGUUACACAAUUCCUAAGGGAUGGAAGGUGUUUGCAUCAUUUCGAGCUGUACACCUGGACCAUGAAUACUUCAAGGAUGCUCGUACUUUUAAUCCCUGGAGAUGGCAGAAUAAUUCUGGACCCACGGUUCCAGGGAGUGGUGUGAAUGUGUUCACACCAUUUGGAGGAGGGCCGCGCCUGUGCCCUGGCUAUGAGCUUGCAAGGGUGGUGCUCUCGGUUUUCCUUCACCGCAUGGUCACUCGAUACAGCUGGGCUCCUGCAGAGGAGGAUAAGUUGGUGUUCUUUCCAACCACUAGGACUCAGAAGCGAUACCCCAUCAAUGUGGAGAGGCGAAAAGUGUCAUCCGCCGCAGAAAAAGGUGAGGGAUGAGAGGGAUAAAAAAGAGGGAAGCAGAGAAGGUAGGAAAGAUGUAGCUUCAAUGUGGAUGGAAUAAACUCAUUAUAAAUAAAUAAGUUGAGAGCACAUGGAAUAAUAAUAUAUUGGUUUAUUUAUUCAAA